CUCUUAUGUUGCUGUAGUCUGUGUACCAGUUCGUCGUCACCGGCCCUAGUCGCGUAUCCAGGUCAACACGGACUAUACUUGACAGAGUCCGUUUAUCUAAAUCAAGUCGAGUAAUAUAAAUAGCGACUAUGAGUAUUCAGCAGCUUUGGCUGGCUGUGGCGACGCUUGCCAUGGCGCUUCUCGCUCGUCGAGCUGCCGCUGCGUGCGAGGUAUGUGUCACUGUGCUGAAGGGAAUUGGUGACCUGGGCAGCACAGCCGACAACUGCACGCUACUUGCGGAGCUGGCUAAUGAACACUUCCGCAACGAUUCGGAGGGAGGCCCACCCAUACCUCAAGCCACAAAUUUUGUCUGCAAGCCCAACUUCACGCCCACUGAGAUCUACGCCUGUGAGACAGUGGACCCACAGACCGCUGACCAGAUGAUGUUCAAGUUCGACGGCGAUACAGACACUGUGUACUUUUACUACUUCAUACCGUUUGAUAUCAACGAGAUCAACACGUGCCUGUAUCCCAUUGAUCACCCGUACAACCGCAAGGGCGUGGCGCUGGCGUCGGAGUGCUUCCAAGAUGGCCCGGUACUCAAGCUGCCGCCCAUCACGGCGUGUGAGCGGCCGCCGCGGCCCCAGCGGUCGCCUGAGCCGCCCUCCGAUGCAUCGCCACCCGAGGACGCCCCGCCACCCGAGGACGCCCCGCCGCCAGCUGGCGAGGCGCCUCCUGACAGCAGCUCACCGCCGCCGCCACCCCCUUCGCCGGCGCCCUGGCCCGUGCAUUGCCAGGGUGAUAAGCAGCGGCUGACUAUCCGGCUUCAUCGCUGGCUGGUGGGUCACCGCCGCAGCAACAGUCGCUAGCCUGCGUAUGACUAGUGUUUGGACUAUUGUUAUCUAGCAAUGGGUAUGGAGUGAUGGCAGAGGCUUGGUGGCAGACUUGGACAAGUAAGGAGCAGCAUUGGCUUUGGCCAAGGCGCCCAUCUGGAGAUGAACAGAAUUAGAGCAUCAUGCAUUCAUACGCUGCUACAUAGUGCGUGUGGGGGGGGGGGGGGCGGGGGGGGGCAGCGGGGAAGGGCAUACCGGUAUGGCAAGUUUCCCUUAUAGCAGGCAUAGGAAGCACUGCCAAGAUCCAUGUUAAGGUACGGGACAGUAUGAGUGGUUAGUUCCAGCAGUGCUAGCGACCAAUGUCGCACAGUGCAAGAUAGCACAAUGCACAAACAUACCAAUAGCACGCCACGUCGACAGUAUUCACUCAAUCUGUGCGGAUGUCACGCACGGGAGUCGGCGGCGCCUGCACUGUAGUGUUCUCUCUGCAAUCGGCAUACCCCUUUCCUCCUGCCGGUAGGUGCAAGCUUGCUGCAAAUUUGCUUGCACGUGCAUAGUCUGUACAUAAGGGUUAUGUUUAUUAAUUAAAGACCUAGGUGUGCCUGCUGCCGCGGUGGAAUGUGAUGGGGAACUGUGUUGUGUUGGUACGUGUUGACACCGCUUUGUGUCUGACAAACUAGCAAGGCCGUACCCGGCCCAGCAAUUCAUGCAGAAUUUGGUGUUGCCCAGAAUAGCGGGAGUGGCCGGCGCUUUUUACAAUGGAGAUGAUCCUAGUCAGUCCUAGUUGAUGGAGGGAUGGGGGCAACCGUGGGGGCAACUACUGGAGCGCAGCCCCAGAGCACAACAUAGCGCCAUGUGUAUCCAAGAUAUGCCGCUGGAUCCUGUGAUGUGUAGUAACGUUCACUCAGGUUACACAGACAAAGCUCGGCAAAUUUUUGUGACUUUGAUUUCAAAGCUCGGCAAAUUUUUGGCUGAGCCGGAGGCCAGUGUAAGGUGCAGGCCUUCGAAGCGGUUGGCGGACAGCGCCGCUGUGACGGCAACGGAGCCGGGCGAUGAGGUUGUUCGGCUCCAGACUGUGGAGGGUCUCAGCCCCUUUUCCCGUGACCGCGGAACACUUGUUGCGACUUCACAUCAGGGAUGCCGGCACGCCCAGUCCGCCGCAUGCUACCACAUGCCCCAAGUAGAAACUGGCUGCAACCCCACUGGAGGUGUCGGCGUGACAUAAACCCUCCCAUCAUCAGGCAGCAAAUCUGCGUGUAGUGAGUUGGUGCCAAGCCUGGCUAGGCGUUAUGCGGUGGGGUCCUGCACGCGGGUUCUGCCAUUGUAACCUGGUUGCGUACGCCGAAGUUUGGGUUUGGCACGGUUUACAGGGCAAGACUUACCUAACUGGACACAAAUGAGUAUAGCAGGCU